CAGCACUCAUUCCAUCAUGCCCGCCCCUGCCGACGACAUCCACCCCUUCACCAUCUCCAUCCCCGACUCCACCAUCUCCACCCUAAAACAAAAACUCUCCCUCGCAACCUUCCCCGACGAACUCUCCGGCGCGGAAUGGGAUUACGGCUGCCCGCUAGCCGACAUCAAACGCAUCGCCGCGUACUGGCGCGACGAGUACGACUGGCGCAAAGCCGAAGCCAAACUGAACGAACUGCCGCAUUUCAAGACGAGGAUCGAGUAUGACGACGAGAAGUUUGGGGGGCUGGAUGUGCAUUUUAUUCAUCAGCCGAGUGAGAGCGAGAACGCGGUGCCGUUGUUGUUUGUGCAUGGGUGGCCAGGAAGUUUCCUCGAAGUCACCAAAAUCCUCCCCUUGCUAGCGGAGAGUCCCAAAAACGGAGGUCCGGCAUUCCACGUCGUGGCGCCUUCACUGCCCAACUUUGGCUUCUCGGAUGGCGUCAAAGAAACGGGGUUCGGCCAGAGACAGUAUGCUGAGACUUGCCACAAGUUGAUGCUGAAGUUGGGGUAUACCGAGUACGUGACGCAGGGAGGCGAUUGGGGCACCACAAUCACGAGAGUAAUGGGCUACCUCUACCCCAAGCAUGUAAAAGCCUCCCACAUCAACAUGGUCAUCUCCCCGCCCCCCAAACCCACCUCCGCGCCCCUGCAAGUCCUCAAAGCCCUCCUCCGCUGGUUCACCGCCGAGGAAAAAGCCGGUUUCGAACGCACCAUGUGGUUCCACAAACAAGGCAGCGGGUACUACAACCUGCAGAACACGAAGCCCCAGACGCUGGGGUACGCACUGCACGAUAGCCCCGUGGGUCUCCUGGCGUGGAUCUACGAGAAGCUGCAUGAUUGGACGGAUGGGUAUGCGUGGACGGACGAGGAGGUGUGCACGUGGAUUAGUGUGUAUGCGUUUAGUACGGCGGGGCCGGCGGCGAGUUUGAGGAUUUAUAAGGAGAGUUUUGAAGGGGAUUUGCCGGCUUUUGAGACGGCGAGGAAGUAUAUUCCUGUUAAGCUUGGUGUAUCCUACUUCCCCAAGGAGCUCGUGCUGCUGCCCAAGUCGUGGAGCCAUGGGCUGGGGCCUGUGGUGUUCCAGGGCGAGCAUGAGAAAGGCGGCCAUUUCGCGGCAUGGGAGGAGCCGGAGGCGUUGGUUGGGGACUUGGUGAAGAUGUUCGGGAAAGGAGGAGGAGCGUUCGGCGUAGUGAAAGGGAAGAGCGGGUAUGCGGCCUAGUCGGGCAAUCGUCUUUGAGGGUUAGGAAGUGGAGGUGUAAUUGAAAUCUCGUUAAUGUAAUCUUACGGGUUUAAUGCGUGGAAGUUCCGAAGGGUUGGUGGUUUUCAAGUCAGCGAGGUUUCGGGAUUCGUUGAUAGCUCGAUAUACGUACUGUGCGUGGUUUCUAGUCGAAAUCUGGAGAUGAUUCAGAUCUGAUUUCCCUUAGAUGUUCAGGGGGUAAUGCCGUUGAAGAGAGCAGUUGAGUGUUUUCAUGUGGUGUUUCGUCGAUACUAAAUAUUCAG